CCUCACCAACUCUGACGUCAAAACAAGUUACAUUGACAACGAGCCCAGCUAGCCUGAUGCUAACUAGUCUUGCGUCAAAAUCUAGUCUUGGCGAACUGCCACGGACUGUCAUGGUUUUACACUUCUGUUGGUUAUAAUUCAUUCAUGCAGUGUGUCGUGUCAUUGUGAGACAUGCAGGAUAGGUAUAGCGAGAUAGGCUUUGUACAGCAAAUACUCGGUUUGAAUUUAGUGCCGAGAAAAAAUGGCACACACCGAGGAAACGACACAUCUCUCAGCGACUUCUCAGAGAUGUGGUAUGGAGUGUUUCUAUGGGCAGCAGUCUCCUCUCUGGUCUUCCACCUGCCUGCUGCUCUGCUCUCUCUCGCCACACUGCGCCAGCACAAGAUGGCCCGAUUCAUGCCCAUUGCCAUCCUCCUGAUGGGCAUCGUUGGGCCAGUUUGUGGGGGAGUCCUCACCAGUGCAGCCAUCGCAGGUGUGUACAAGGCAGCAGGGAAGAGGAUGAUCUCUUUGGAGGCUCUUGUUUUUGGUGUUGGACAGUCGUUUUGUGUCCUCGUCAUCUCCUUCCUCAGGGUACUUGCUACCCUUUAGCAGUGCUGAGGCCCUCCUGGCUGGCCCUGAUGCUGCCUGUCUGACACCAGUUGCACCUUCUUCUGACGGGAACUGAGUUUAUCUUGGUACAAGCUGAUGUUUAGCAAAUCCUGCGACACAUGUAAACCAGUCCCCGGCCCAGGACAUGAUGUCAAUUCCUACUGAUGGACAAGGUCAAGAGCAGAUUUGAUUCAACUGUCAAAGACAGAUCUGUGUGGAAACUAAUGUUUUGCAGCACGAAGGCUUCUAGGAGAACCCGAUGCUACAUUUAAAGGGCAACCACACACUACAUACAGUAUAAGCUGUUUAUUUGAAUAUACUGCUAACCCUGACUGUGUAUCCUCAGUUUGUUCCAAAAUGAAGAGAAAUCCACCUUAAAAGAUCAUCUUAUCUAAGUUUGCAGGGUUUGCAGGUUAACAGCAGUAGGACACCUAACCUUUCUCAGGGUGUGUGUGGGUGCGAGUCUGCGCAUGUGUGUCUGUGUGUCUCUCACUGUCAGUCAACAGUUUGACUGCAGAGAGACAGAAUAAGUGGCAGGGUGAUGCACUGUUGAGACAUGAAGAUGAUGGUUAUAUGCAAGAUUCUGGCUUUUUCCCUUGUGGCCUUAAUUUCUAUUUUCAAACUUCCAAAGUGGUGUUUAUCUUCAGGGCUGUCUGUCUUUAACACUCUGUCUCUUGCUGCUCCUUUUGUUCUUCCUCAUAUUUUUCGUUAAAACAGUUUAUGUCUGACUGCCUGUGCAUUAUUAAUCAUUCCAAAUUAGUUAGAAGCACCUACAACAUGUUCCCAUUAAGCUUUCUCAGCUAAUUAAUAUUUGGACAGGCUUACAAGUAUAAAAACAUGUUUUUCCUAGAUUAAUACAUUGUGUCCUUAACACAGCCCUGAAAAAUUCAGCCUAAAGAAUGUAUUUCUACUCAGCUUCUCAGUUUGUUUGUUCAGAGUGAAUAUACCGGAGGUUUGAAAGUGGAAGGUCAGAUUACGUUACAAACCCAAAAGUAAAGAGCUUUUCAACUUCUUUUUUUUUCUCUGAGUUCUUUAGUGACAGUGGACUUGUAUAUAAUCUAAAAUAUUUUAAGUCUUUGUGACCAAAUGUAAAUUUCUGUUUUAUUUUUCUGCACUCAAUGUGCAUACAAUGUUUCAGCAGAAGUGCACUCCCUUUACAUUUUUAUGGGCUCUUUCAUCCAUUCCCCACAGUCUUCAGUGGCUGCUUUUAGUUGUUUUUAGUAGCUGACAGGGGCUUUUCAGUUAGUAUUGCUUGUGCAACUUGCAUAUGCAGACAUGUAAACUCUAUCACAUUCAUUUUUCAAAAGAAAAAUGGAGCUUGUAAGUGUGCUGAUUGCUGUUUCUGUAUUAGCUACUAUUCAAGCUAGCUGCUGACACCACUACCAGAAAUGUAUUUAUUAUUGCGACAGGCAUCUCUAUUCACAAUGAUUGGUUUUGAUUUUAUAUCUGUGCUUUGAUGAGGAGCUUCUGUCAAGGCUGUCUUAGGUCAUUAACAUAAUAUUAACAUCUUGAUACAAAUGUCAAAUAACUUUGGCAUCACCCACUCAUGUUGGUUUCAUUUGCCUUUGUUUAAUUGAUGAACAUUACUCUUAACUCCCAACAUGACUUAGAUUAGUUUAAGAGCCCUGGAGGCCAGAAAAUAGCUGUGGGCUACCAGACUUUCCAGAUUACUCUCUGAAUUUGGAUCUGCACUCUGUCAGCAUAAUAUCAAAUUAAAUUCUCAGCACAGGUUCCCUCUAUAACACAGAAUCAAGGAACUGCCUUAAAGGAAGAGUUCACCCAAAUAUUAACAUUCUGUGAUUAUCCCCCUAGAAUCUAGUGUUCACUAUGAAUGUAACACAGACAAGACACAUGGCAGAAAUAAUAAUGGUGCAGAUUGUGUUGUACAUGACAAUCAAAUUUGAAAUAUUGUUUAUGUAUUUCCCCACUUAUGCUUUAAUGCUCUCAGCCUGGAAGUAGACCUCAAACAUGAUGAGACACUUCCACUCCCCACUACUCCAGAUCAGCCACUGUAGCAGCAUGGAAGUCUUAACAUUACCUUCUGAAUUACAGCUGUAUUUGCAGACUAGUAUCAUUGGAACCAGUUACCUGGAAGCUUAGUGGGCCCAUUUUAUGUUAUUUAGGAGAUAUACGGUACACAUGCACAAACAAACGUAUGAACAAAGAUGAGGAGCCCAUUAGACACAUGCAGAGGUAAAGAGAGAAGAAAUAGCAGAUUUGUACUUGUACUGUACUUCACCACUAACACUUAAGUUCUUUUAAAUCUGAAAUAAUAUCCUCAAGAGUACAUCUAAAUAUGCAACAAAUCACAUUGAAGCUAGAAUGUAAACUUUUUGGAUUCAAGUUAAAUUCUGGAAAUGAGUUGUCUUUGAUGACAACAUUUUCAAAUUGUAAUGCCGCACUAUAGAAGUUCAGCACCCAUGGGACCAACAAUGGCACAGGAAACAGUUGUGGACUGUGCACAAAAUGAUAAUUACCUGCACACACAAACAGCAAAGGAUUUUUAUUAAUUAUUGUAGACAUACGUGAAGAAUCAUGAUAAAAUUCAACACCAGACCACUAACUUAAUCUAAUCUCAUCUAAGUGAAAAUUUUAGAUAAAUUCUUUUUUCAUCUGUGAAAAGCUCACUAUGAGUCUGGGAAGUACAUGCAUACCAUAGUAUACCAAGCAUUAUUGUUCCCUACAGAGACAGAAAUCCAAGCACCUCAUUAAAAUAUCUGGCUGAUGCAGAAACAAAUGAGCCUCGUUUCAAAUGAAGUCUUGCGAACCUUGGCCUUGCUUAUAUGCUGUACACUUUGGGAACAAUGUUUAUUUUUGUAUGGUUGUGCAAUUUAGCUCUUUUAGCAAUUGUGUGGUCUCUGGUUCUGUUACAGCAUCACAUGAUGGCGGGUUAAAUCACUGAUAACUCAAGUCUGGAUAAUUUUUUAAGCUUGUUCAUGAUGUUUUAGUAUUUCCCCUUUAAAACGAAAUGACACAAUAUGAAAAACCACAAACAAAAAAAUCCUGACCCUGGUAAAGAUGGUAAAUUUGUAAUGAUUUAUUUGCUGGACUGUAUGACUGUAUAGACUGAAUUCAGCUAGCUAAUAAAUAACUGAAAUAUAUGUAUGUCAAAAAGGUAGAUGUGUUAGAGGGAUGAUAAUUAUGGACUUUCUAUCUCAUGAUUUAGAAUUACCAUGAGAAUAUUUCUUGUGUCACUCCAUAAAUGUUAACAUUUCAAUUUUGUUUCUAGCCGACAUCCCUACAUGUCUUUUGUGUAUUACAAACAAGCAGUUUUUGAAAGACAUGCACAGUAAACUGGAACCAGCUGUCUGAUUUUAUUGUAGACACAGUGGGUGUAUUAGUGUAUGUUCCCUCUGAUUUACAACCAGAGUAUAAAGUGCCAGGCAAGUAAAAGUCUGAUUUAAAUCACAAAUGUCAUGUUAUGAUGAGUACGUUGUUGCUGUAAUAGAACCACCUGUAUCCACAUGGUUUAAUUCCACAUUUUUGGACUGUUUUUGUUCAUUUGUACAUGGUUCAAAAGGUUUUGAAAGUUGAUUUUAUUAGAGUAAAUUAAGUGCCAAUGGUUAAUAUUUUCAUGGAAUAAAAAUAUUUCAACUACA